AUGGGAGCCUCCAGAGGACCAAGGCUUUCUGGGAUGCAGAAACAAGUCCUUAGUCUAUACAGAGGGUUUCUUAGGGCAGCCCGUGCAAAAUCUGCUGAAGAUCGACAGCAGAUUGAGUCACUUGUGUCAAGUGAGUUCCGCCGCAAUGCCAAGGAAGUAGACCGCAAAAAUUUCCUUUACAUUGAGUACUUGCUUCGCCGCGCUAAGAAACAGCUUGAUCAGCUCAGGAGCCCCGAUAUUGUUGGAUUAUCAGCCCUGAAUGUCAGUUUUUCGCAGACAAAACAUCCUACAAAUUGA